UAUUGUCAAAAUUUUCCAGUUUUUUCCCCUCCAAGUGGAAGCAAAGAGAAUGUUUGGCUGCAGUUCGAGAAAUUGCUACGUGCUCUGGCCUCCUGCCCUCCAGCUGCUCAACUUUCCCCCGCAUCAAGAACAGGAACAGAUUCCCCGGCCAGUGGUGCACUUUGAGUGUCCUCCGAGUCAGCAACUUGAUAUCGGAGCUCUCCGUUUCAGGAGACGGCAGGUUGCUCCCGAUGUUGAUAGAUCCAGGGUCCAGGAAACCGGAGAUGGACCCAAACCGGAGAUUCUGUUCGUGAGGCGGUGUUACAUGUUGUCGGGACUGUUCAUCAUCACCACCGUCAUCCUGGCGAUGAUCCUGUCGAAGGCGAUUCCUCCAGAUGUCGAUCUCAUGAUGGCCGGCUUCAUUUGCACAAUGACUUCCUUGAUGUUUCUCUUCAUUCUGUGCAUUGCCGCCAGGUGUAGAAAAUUCUACUGGUUCAGCUUUAUCCUGGCUGGAUUAUUCGUGGAGUUAGCCGGAGUGGGUGUGGUCCUGGUUUUGCAGAAACGGAGCUUGGAACACUUUUGUAUAGCUCUUUCGGCGGCUUCUAUUGCCACUUUGAUUUGCUAUUUCACUGGAGCCUGGCUACCCAAGAUCUUUCUGCCCGGCGAGGCAACCAUGCUAGUCCUGCUCGUCAUUUUCGUGGUGGCCUCCCUCUGCAUGAUGAUCAUGUUCAUAUUUACGGACCAGAAGAUCUACCAAAUAGCGUACUUCCUCUUUUUGGCCAUCGUGUUGAUACCCACAUCGAUUUACCACGGUGAAGUGGUUCACGGCAGGCGAUUCAACCUGCCCGUCUAUGAAUUUGUGAUCUGCGCUGUCCACGUUUAUCUGCACUUUCUGUUGUUCUUCGCGGCUUUUUAUUACGUGGCUUGGGCCCCCAGUUGGCUCAGUUUAUAAGGCCAAUAAAGUCGUAACAAGGCUGAAAAUUACGAAAAAUUUGCCUUAUAGGAACUAUCUUCAGCUAAAUAAAAUACAUACACUCUUUUGUACCACUUU